AUGCCAGUUGGGAAACCAAUCUCUGGCUCGGAGGGUCCUCCGCAAGCCCCUCCACAAAUCCUCAUAAUUUCAAAUUCGACGAGCUCAACGGGCAUUGGACCACUUCAAGCAGCAGGCGGUUCAGCUCCCACGUCAAGCAAGUCAUCCUUUGACUAUGCCAGAACUUAUUCGACUCCAGCGACCGGCGCCCAAACCCCAGACCCUCUCUUGGGAAAUAAGAAUGUUUUCGAUAAACAGGCGCUCAAGGUAUCGCAAACCAUCACCAGCCUCAGCCAAACUGUCGAGGAUAGCCAUGAACCUGACUCUCUCGGCCAUCGCUUAACUAACCGGAGACCCUCGGUAUCCCGAUGCCGUGAUGAAGCCGAUGAGUCGGCAUCGCCAACCCGAAAGAAGCAAGGGGUUCCGCCCGAGAUUUCGAGUUUCACUGCCGAAAUUGUGCUCAUCAUGGUGUGUUCUGCGGGUUUAAUGCUAUUCUCCUUCCUUCUUGGAGACAUGCUUGCCCCACAAGAGCAAUUGAAGCGUGCCCUCGACAUCAACAACACCCAGCUGCCGUGGAUUGUUGGUGCCUUCAACACCGCGAACGGCCUGUCAGUGGUGAUCUCCGGGUCUCUGUCCGACUUGGCUCCUCCAAAGAGCCUGAUGGUGAGUGCAUUUGCCUGGCUAUCGGUGUGGAACAUUGUCGGAGUUUUCUCGCUCCAGCCCUCUCGGUAUGUCCUGUUCUUCGUCAUGCGAGCCAUGCAAGGACUGGCAAUCGGCGUCCUUGUCUCCGGUAGUAUGAGUAUUCUCGGAAGGGUGUAUAAGCCUGGUAUUCGCAAGAAUCGAGUGUUCUCCGCCAUGGCUGCGACCGCACCAUUUGGCUUUUCACUUGGUGCGCUCCAAGGCGGGGGUUUGAAUGCUCAUCUCGAAUGGAUCUUCGGAACCAAUGCGAUCAUCUGCGCCUUACUUUCUGUGGCUGCAUACUUUAGUAUCCCGAAACUGCGACCCGUGGCCGAUGUUGUGGGCACUGAAGCCCCAACACUCAGGCAGUUUGAUUAUAUCGGUGGCGGCUGUGCGGCUGGUGGCUGCGUUUGCUUGCUGUUUGGCCUGACGCAGGGACCCGUGACAGCGUGGUCUCCAUACACUUUUGUACUCAUCAUCGUCGGAUUGCUGCUCUUAGUUGGGCUCUUCUUUGCUGAGCGGGCAGCCAUCCGUCCACUGAUUCCUAAUCGGCUGUGGCGAACACCCGGAUUCACUCCGUUGAUGAUCGCCUACUUCCUCGGUUUUGGGUCAUUCUUUGGUGCCUGGCAAUUCUAUGCCAUCCAAUUCUGGCUUCGUAUCCAGGGUGCCACGCCACUCGACGUGGCACUGUAUCAUAUCCCGAAUGCUGUUGUCGGAGUCCUCGCAACAUGGGUUGUGAGCCGCACAAUCCAUAUUGUUCCCGGUCACUAUAUUUACGCUGUAUCCAUGCUGGCGUUCACACUUGGUCCUGCCUUUUUCAUCCCCCAGACAGCCAAUACGACGUAUUGGAAACUCUCCUUUCCUGGUGUUGCUCUCGUCACAUUCGGUCCCGACCUGGCAUUCGCUGCUGCUUCUAUCUUCAUUACGAGCAAUGUCGCUCGUUCAUACCAAGGCAGCGCUGGCAGUCUUCUGGUCACGAACCAGAACCUCUCUUCGGCAAUCAUGACCAGCAUUGCUGAUGCGAUUGGAACCAGGGUGGACAGAGGGCCCGAUGGACAAAUAGGCCUUGAAGGACUGCGGGCCAUCUGGUGGUUUGCUCUCGCCGCGCAGUUGACUGCAGCUCUUGUCACGAUUGUUUGGGUUAGAAUCCCCAAGGAGGAGGAAAAGGAGCAUGUCACCUGA